UACGCGGCCCAGAGCCCAUUGCAGGGGAACAGAAGCGGCUAUGGGAACCCGGAGAUGUCGCCGUUGUCCCCUCGCGACUGAUGCUUCUACUUUCUGUCACUGUGUGUCCCUUCAUAGGAUUUUAUGACGGUUGGAUUGGUUCUUUUGCACUGAAAUGCCAGUGAUUUGCUCUGGCGAAAAGGAUGACACCUUACCAGUGAGCACAAAAAAUCAAUCGAUACUUGUGAUGAUCUGUUUUUGCAUCCGAAAAAUUACCUGUGUCGUAAAGAAGAGGAAAACAGAAUUUACAUCGGAUAUCGCACAUCUCUGUAGCUGAGAUGCAAAUACAUGCGAGUAAACGUGAGCGCGAGGUGACCGAAGGCAGAUUAUAGCUAUACUGUGCCAAAUAUUGCGGAUGUUGCGAAAUAAAUAAAUAAUCACAAUUUUAUCCUAUUUUCCCCCCUUUUAAAUAGAUAUGGGUGCUGUACUCAUCACAAUGUACAGUUAAAACUGAACUCAAACGAUUGUUUUAAAUGUUUUCAUUUUUGUUCACUUGGUUAUCACACCUAGAUCGUAUAAAUGAUUGUAGCUAUGAUAAUUGCAAUCUGAAUUUUCAAGAAAAAGCACUGGAGAGAGACAGUUCUGGAAAAUAUGAGGAUGGAGCCACAGAAAACGAGAGAUUUACCCAAGAAUUACAUGGCCGUGGAAAUAUGUUGAUUUUGGACAUAAAACGAGGUGAUGAUGGACCAUUUUGUGUGUUUGAAGUGGGCAACGAACCUGUGAACUACAAAAUAUAAGGCACGAUUAUUAUUUUUUUUGUUCAAUUUUUUUUUGUUUUUUGUUCGUUUUAUUUUUCGUUUGUUUAAAGUCUAACCAUCGGCUCUGGAGCGCAACAUCACAUAUAAAGGCCAUGAAGACAAAUGUGUACUCCAGUUAUACACGUAUUAAGUUUUGAAGCAGAUGGGAUGUAAUGUGGUGUGGUCGCGUUGAAUAUUCGCCCCCCUUUUUCCUGCUUCGUGAAGACUGGCAUUUGGUGUCUAUAGAAUGGCUCGGUUCGGAGAUGAGGUGCCGUCCAGGUAUGGCGGAGGACCGGGACACGCUCAAGGGGGACCCGGCCGCGGCGGCAGCAGGCAGGGCGGCCCGCCGGGUGCUCCGAGAAUGUACAAGCAGUCAAUGGCCCAGCGAGCCAGAACUAUGGCCCUGUACAACCCUAUACCGGUGCGGCAAAACUGCUUCACUGUCAACCGAUCUCUGUUCAUCUUCAGUGAGGACAACUUUGUGAGAAAAUACGCCAAAAAGAUCACCGAAUGGCCUCCAUUUGAGUACAUGAUCCUGGCUACCAUCAUCGCCAACUGCAUCGUCCUGGCCCUGGAACAGCACCUUCCAGAAAGGGACAAGACACCCAUGUCAGAGCGCUUGGAGGACACAGAACCCUACUUCAUCGGCAUUUUCUGUUUCGAGUCAGGCAUUAAGAUCUUGGCUUUGGGCUUUGCCUUCCAUAAGGGCUCGUACCUACGCAAUGGCUGGAAUGUCAUGGACUUUGUAGUGGUGCUUACUGGAAUCCUGUCCACAGUGGGCUCAGACUUUGAUCUGAGGACGCUGCGUGCUGUUCGAGUGUUGAGACCCCUCAAACUGGUGUCUGGGAUUCCCAGCUUGCAGGUUGUGCUUAAAUCCAUCAUGAAGGCCAUGAUCCCUCUGCUGCAGAUCGGUCUGUUGCUCUUCUUUGCCAUCCUCAUGUUCGCCAUCAUUGGUCUGGAGUUCUACAUGGGCAAAUUUCACACUACUUGCUUUGACAAAAUCACUGAUGAGAUCCGGGAGGAGUUUCCAUGUGGGAAAGAGGCUCCCGCUCGGACGUGUCCUAAUGGAACAGAAUGUAAAAAGUACUGGAUUGGACCUAACUAUGGAAUUACCCAGUUUGACAACAUCCUGUUUGCCGUGCUCACAGUCUUCCAGUGCAUCACCAUGGAGGGCUGGACUGACCUGUUAUACUAUAGCAAUGAUGCUUCAGGGAGUGCAUGGAACUGGAUGUACUUCAUCCCCCUCAUCAUCAUCGGCUCCUUCUUCAUGCUCAAUCUUGUGCUGGGUGUGCUGUCAGGAGAGUUUGCCAAAGAAAGGGAGCGUGUGGAGAACAGGAGUGAGUUUCUUAAGCUGAAGCGUCAGCAGCAGAUAGAGAGAGAGCUGAACGGAUAUCUGGAGUGGAUCUGCAAAGCAGAAGAGGUGAUUUUGGCUGACGAGGACAAUGACCCAGAUGACCGGAUACCCUUUGACGGCUCGCGGAGGAGGCCUACCAUCAAGAAGAAUAAAACAGACCUGCUCGAUGCAGAGGAUGGAGAUGGAGAUAUAGGUUCUCCAUUUGCACGGGGCAGUCUGAAGAGCUCAAAGCUUGAGGGCUCUUCCUUCCAUAAAAAAGAGCGUCGACUGAGAUUCUUCAUCAGGCACAUAGUGAAGACGCAAGCGUUCUACUGGACCGUGCUGUGUCUGGUGGGACUCAACACACUGUGUGUGGCAGCCGUGCACUACGACCAGCCUGAUACGCUCUCCGACUUCCUCUACUUUGCUGAGUUCAUCUUCCUGGGGAUCUUUAUGUCAGAGAUGUGUAUUAAGAUGUAUGGGCUGGGGACCAGACCUUAUUUUCACUCCUCCUUCAACUGUUUUGACUGCAUUGUCAUUUGUGGCAGCAUUUUCGAGGUGCUCUGGGCUAUGAUCCAGCCAGGAACCUCGUUUGGGAUCAGUGUGUUACGAGCUCUCAGGUUACUGAGGAUCUUCAAAGUGACCAAGUAUUGGGCAUCUCUGAGGAACCUGGUGGUGUCUUUGCUGAACUCCAUGAAGUCCAUUAUCAGUUUACUCUUCCUCCUUUUCCUCUUCAUUGUGGUCUUUGCAUUGCUGGGCAUGCAGCUGUUUGGAGGACAGUUUAAUUUUGAAGCUGGCACACCACCAACAAACUUUGAUACUUUUCCUGCAGCAAUAAUGACAGUAUUUCAGAUCCUAACGGGUGAAGAUUGGAACAUGGUCAUGUAUGAUGGGAUCGAGUCUCAGGGCGGAGUCAGAAAGGGCAUGGUCUUCUCAGUCUUCUUCAUCGUUCUUACGCUCUUCGGCAACUACACUUUGCUCAAUGUGUUCUUGGCUAUCGCUGUGGACAAUCUGGCCAAUGCACAAGAGCUGACCAAGGAUGAACAGGAGGAAGAGCAGGCAGCCAAUCAGAAAAUGGCUCUUCAGGCAGCCAAGGAAGUAGCAGAGGUCAGCCCACUGUCUGCAGCCAGCCUCUCCAUUGCUGCCGUGACAGUAAACUCUGAGCGUCUUGAUGCAACAGAACACUUUCUGGACUGUAAGGAGCAACAGAAGAACCACAAAGGUUGUAAGUCGGUAUGGGAGCAGCGCACUAGUGAGUUGAGACGACACACCCUGAUGAACAGCAGAGAGGCUCUUUACAAUGAGUUGGACCCUGAAGACCGCUGGAAGGUGAGAAGAAAUGACAGGGAACGAGAUGCUCGCAAAAUACUAUGUAUUAUGAUAUUAAUCCCUCAUGUUAGUCUGCUCAAUCUGGCCAACAGUGCCCACACUGCCAGCCUGGUACACACUGGCAGCGAGAGCAGCCUCAUUCUCACCAACCCUUCCUCUACCACUGCUAAUGUUACCAGCACUGGUCACCUGGGCAUGAACCCCGAUUACACUGCCGUGGACAUUCCCCCGAUGUUCCCCUCCAGUAACGCCAUCCUACAGGUCAAUAAGAAUGCAAACACCGAGCCCCUGCCCAAGAAGGAGGACAUAAAGGGUGAUGAUGAUGAUGAGAAAGAUGAUGGGGGGCCUAAACCCAUGCCACCCUACACCUCAAUGUUCAUUCUGACUACCACCAACCCAUUUCGGAGGUUGUGCCACUAUAUCGUCACGCUCAGAUAUUUUGAGAUGUGUAUUCUGCUGGUCAUUGCAAUGAGCAGUAUUGCCCUGGCCGCUGAAGACCCUGUCUGGCCCGAUUCUCCCCGCAACAAUGUCCUGCGGUACUUUGACUAUGUGUUCACGGGUGUGUUCACCUUUGAGAUGCUCAUUAAGAUGGUAGAUUUAGGUCUUGUCCUGCAUCAAGGCUCAUAUUUCCGUGACUUGUGGAACAUCCUGGACUUUAUAGUGGUUAGUGGUGCCCUGGUGGCGUUCGCCUUCACCGGAGGCAGCGGAGGAAGCAGCAAGGGGAAAGACAUCAGUACUAUCAAGUCCCUGCGUGUGCUCCGAGUACUACGGCCUCUGAAAACCAUCAAGCGUCUGCCCAAGCUGAAGGCUGUCUUUGACUGUGUGGUGAACUCUCUGAAGAAUGUGUUUAACAUCCUCAUUGUCUACAUGCUGUUCAUGUUCAUCUUUGCUGUGGUGGCAGUGCAGCUCUUCAAAGGCCGUUUCUUCUACUGUACCGAUGAAUCCAAGGAGUUGGAGCGUGACUGCAGGGGCGAGUAUCUUGUCUAUGAAAAAGAUAACGAAGUGCGGGCGCAGAAGCGGGAAUGGAAGAAAUACGAUUUCCACUAUGACAAUGUGCUCUGGGCCCUUCUCACCCUCUUCACCGUUUCUACGGGAGAGGGGUGGCCACAGGUGCUGAAACAUUCAGUGGAUGCGACCUACGAGAAUCAGGGCCCGAGCCCAGGUUACCGGAUGGAAAUGUCCAUCUUUUACGUGGUGUACUUCGUGGUCUUCCCCUUCUUCUUCGUCAACAUCUUCGUGGCUCUUAUCAUCAUUACUUUCCAGGAGCAAGGAGACAAAAUGAUGGAGGAUUAUAGCCUGGAAAAGAAUGAGAGAGCCUGCAUAGACUUCGCCAUCAAUGCUAAACCGCUCACGCGCCACAUGCCUCAGAACAAACAAACAUUCCAGUACCGCAUGUGGGAGUUUGUGGUGUCUCCUCCAUUUGAAUACACCAUCAUGGCCUUGAUUGCCCUCAACACCAUUGUCCUUAUGAUGAAGUAUGAUGGAGCAUCAGAUGCCUAUGAAGCUGUGCUAGCCAACCUGAACAUGGUGUUCACCUCACUUUUCUCCAUGGAGUGCAUAUUAAAGAUCAUUGCCUUUGGAGUUCUGAACUACUUCAAAGACGCCUGGAACAUCUUCGACUGUGUGACUGUACUUGGCAGCAUCACUGAUAUUUUAGUCACAGAGCUAGGGAUGAACAACUUCAUAAAUCUGAGUUUUCUAAGGCUCUUCAGAGCUGCUCGUCUCAUUAAGUUGCUCAGGCAGGGUGAGACCAUACGCAUCCUGCUCUGGACCUUCGUUCAGUCUUUCAAGGCUCUGCCGUAUGUGUGCCUACUCAUCGCCAUGCUGUUCUUCAUCUACGCCAUCAUUGGCAUGCAGCUGUUUGGGAACAUUGCGAUUGAGGAGGAUGGUGAGAGUGCCAUUAACCAGCACAACAACUUCAGGACUUUUUUCCAGGCCCUAAUGCUGCUCUUCAGGAGUGCUACAGGUGAGGCAUGGCAUGACAUCAUGCUGUCAUGUCUGGGAAAGAAGGUGUGUGAUCCUCUCUCUGGUAACGUGGAGGCAGAAUGUGGGAGCGAGUUUGCCUACCUCUACUUUGUCUCCUUCAUCUUCCUCUGUUCCUUUCUGAUGCUGAAUCUGUUCGUGGCUGUGAUCAUGGAUAAUUUUGAGUACCUGACACGUGACUCCUCUAUCCUGGGACCCCAUCACCUGGACGAGUAUGUGAGAAUCUGGGCGGAGUAUGAUCCAGCUGCUUGCGGGCGCAUUCAUUAUAAGGAUAUGUACAGUUUAUUGCGAGUUAUCGACCCCCCUCUGGGCUUAGGCAAGAAAUGUCCUCAUAGGGUGGCCUGCAAGAGACUGUUGCGGAUGGAUCUACCAGUUGCCGAUGACAACACAGUGCACUUUAAUUCCACCCUUAUGGCCUUAAUCCGAACCGCUCUAGACAUCAAGAUCGCCAAGGGUGGGGAAGGAGGCGUAGAUAAGCACCAGAUGGAUGCUGAACUAAGGAAGGAGAUGAUGGCGAUAUGGCCCAAUCUAUCUCAGAAGAAUCUGGACCUUCUGGUGACACCCCACAAGUCAGCGACAGACCUGACAGUGGGAAAGAUCUAUGCUGCCAUGAUGAUCAUGGAGUACUAUCGGCAAAGUAAAGCCAAACGGACACAGGCUCUCCACGAUGAACAGAAUCGAACGCCAUUAAUGUUUCAGCGUCUGGAGCCGCCGUCUCCAAGCCAGGAUGUGGGACAGGGACUUACUGGCCUUCCCGAGACACAACAGCACCCUGCAAAUCAUCUGCCUGUUGAUGACAGGAUCCCGGAGAGCCAAUCAUGGGUGACGGCACGAGCCCAAGAGAUGUCUCAGAAAGCAGGAAGCUGGAGUCCUGAAGGCCAAAACCCAGACGACACUGCAGAUAACCACAGACAAUCUCAGACAGUAGAGAUGAGAGAGAUGGGGCGGGACGGGUACUCGGACACUGAGCACUAUCUGCCAAUGGAAGGCCAUGGCAGGGCUGCUUCCAUGCCUCGACUCCCAGCAGACAACCAACAGACUAUCACUGAUAACAGUCCGAUGAAGCGUUCAGCUUCAUCUUUGGGGCAUGGGCGUCAAGGCCGUUCAGUGCGGGGUGAGGACUACGCCAUGGACAGGGUUAUCCCAGAAGAGGGUCACAGACAUGGGCAUCGCCACCGAGACCGCAGUCACCGUGCGUCUGAGCGCUCCCUGAGCCGUUACACUGAUGCUGACACAGGUCUUGGCACUGACCUCAGCACCACCACACAGUCAGGAGACUUGCCAUCCAAGGAGAGGGACCGGGGCCGGGCCAAAGACCGCAAGCACCACCAUCAUCACCAUCACCACCACGGUUCUCUAGAUAAGGAGCACUACGGACAUGAGAGAGAACGAGGGGACUACGUCCACAGACAGUCUAGAGAGAGAGACCGCCGUUGGUCCCGCUCACCGAGUGAGGGCAGAGAGUGCCUGACUCACAGACAGGGCAGUAGUUCAGUAAAUGACCAAGACUACGAGUUCAAUCACCACAAGCCUCCGUCCUACGAACAAAGCCCUGUGCAGGGCAACCCUCACCCACAUUCCCCCAAGACUUCCCGCCAUAGCACCCCCCCUCAGGGCCAGCCACAUCCACGGCGCAUGCCAAACGGCUACCGUUCGCCCCCUCCCCACCACCACACCCCCACCCACCAGGGAACUCAUAAGCCUCCUCAUCCCAGAGGGCCCAGGAAGGGCCUCCAUGAACCCUACAGUGAGACUGAUGAGGAUGACUGGUGCUAGCCUCUGGGACGGGGAGGGGUGAGUCCUUCCACGCUCUCUGGAACGGACUGCCGCCAUGCGGAGCGCCAACUCGCGGUGAAACAAUACUCUCACUGGAUUGGCCGAUCUGUCCGGGGAAACACUAGACAGUGCUCUGAAUGUUCACAGGGGAAAUCAAGGCAUGAUUUGUUUCUUUCUAUUUCUCGUUUCUUUUCCGAUUCCUCUGCUGCCGAGUGUUUCCCUGAAAGUGACGGACCGCUGACAGUGAAUAUGAAGACUUAUGAAUAUGAAAUCCUGUUCUUAGCCUUUUUCUGAAGAAUACAAAAAUUGUUUUGAUAAGGAGGAGGAAUGUCUGAACUUUUUUUCCCAGGACAUUUCACGCAGUCCCUCCGGAAAUGAGACGCUAGGAACUCUAGCACUCAUUUAAAAAAAAAAAGAAAAGAAGGUGAUCACUUUUUAUUUCACAGAAUUUGACUGGAGAUUCGUUUAUUGCAAAAAUCAGUCCAGAUGCUGGGAAAUAUCGAUGAGUUUUAUCAUCUGUGUUUACUGUUGUUAAUUAUUCCAGUGAGGGGGAGGCAUUUGUCCAUGUGGGUAAUUUGUGGGUGGGAGUUGGAGAUGGACGGAGGUGAACACACCUGAACUAAAAUAGGAAAGCCCACCCUGCACUUCAGACCCCCAGGCGCAAGUAAGAAGAAUCACAAAAAAAAUAAGAAGAAGAAGAAAAGAAAAAGAAAAAGCUCCUCACUCUUUCUUCUUCUACGGCUUCGUCUUCUGCUUCUCAUUGGAGUUUGAAUCUUCUGUUGCACUGCCCAGCUUUGUUUGAACUCCCAGAAAAUAAAUUCCUUGGAAAUUCUGCAUGAUUGAAAAAAAAAAGGAAUAAAAAAA